GUCGGUCGGCCCAGGCGCGCCGUCACGUGAUUGGCCCGCCAGCCGAAGUUCGUUGGGCGGUUGUGGAGCUUGCGGGACCGGCUCACCAUCGGCGCCAUGAAACAUUACGAGGUGGAGAUCUUGGAUGCCAGGACGAAGCAGAAGCUCAGUUUUCUGGACAAGGUGGAGCCAAAUGCCACGAUCGGAGAGAUCAAGGUUAUGUUCCAUAAGAACCAUACCCAGUGGUACCCUGCCAGGCAAUCCCUCAGAUUAGACCCAAAAGGGAAGUCACUGAGGGACGAAGAAAUAUUGCAGAAUCUCCCCGUUGGUACCACAGCCACCCUUUACUUCAAAGACCUCGGUGCUCAAAUUGGGUGGGUCACGGUGUUUCUCACUGAGUACGCUGGGCCUCUGUUAAUUUACCUGCUCUUCUAUUUCCGCCUGCCGUUUAUUUAUGGUCCUAAAUAUGCUUUCACUUCGAGUCCACAUUCAGUUGUGCACUUGGCCUGUAUCUGCCACUCCUUCCACUACAUUAAGAGGCUGCUGGAGACAUUGUUUGUUCAUCGCUUUUCCCAUGGCACCAUGCCGUUUCGAAACAUCUUUAAGAAUUGUACCUACUACUGGGGCUUUGCUGCCUGGCUGGCAUAUCACAUCAACCACCCGCUCUACACACCUCCUGCCUACGGAGAUAAACAGGUGAAAAUAGCAUUUGCCAUAUUUCUGUUCUGUCAAAUCGGAAACUUCUCAAUCCAUGUAGCGCUGAGGAAUCUUCGGCCGGCAGGCUCCAAGACCCGCAGGAUUCCCUUCCCAACAAAGAACCCAUUUACCUGGCUCUUCCUCCUGGUGUCUUGCCCCAACUACACAUACGAGGUAGGCUCCUGGAUUGGAUUCACGGUGAUGACUCAGUGUCUCCCAGUUGCAUUGUUCACGCUGGUUGGGUUCAUCCAGAUGGCGAUCUGGGCAAACAGCAAACAUCGCAGCUACCUGAAGGACUUCCGUGAUUAUCCACCUCUGCGCACACCCAUCAUCCCCUUCAUCUUGUAGAAGCUGGACUCUGUGAAUCUGGGCGGUGAGGGAGCUUCGUGGGUCCCCUGCCCCUAACCCUCCGCUCGCCUGUCUAUCCCCCCGUCCCUUCCGCAAAAAAACCAAACAAGCUUCUGCAGAGUCUGUGGUUAUGCUGCCCUGUGCUGCCUCCCUGAUCUUGUGAAUGAUAGACCACUGGGGCGAUCCUGUGGCUGGGAUGGAAAGUUCAGGGAGGGCAACUGUUCUAAGAAUCGUGAAGCUGCCAGUUCUGCUUGGAUGCUCAAAGACCUCCUGUGUAUUCCAAAAUUAGAGGGCAGGAUCUCCUUGAUGUCGGGUUGCUGUGUGGGAUUCCGAGGUCCUUUACCAUCGGGGCAAUUGAAACAUGGACUCUGGAUCCUUUUGCAAAUAUUGAAGCUCAUUUCACCCUAAUUUACCACUGCCCACCUCGUGUCCUCCUUCACACCCUGAUUCCCAGCCAGCCUCCUCUCCUUCCCCUCCCUUCUGUGCACCUAACCAGUGUAGUCCUAGUAAUAUUUGUCAUCUUCAUAGUCGGUAGUGAGGCAGAGCAGAUCCUUCUCAUCUUAAACACCCAGCCGUGUAUCUGUUUCCAGUGUGUUCUCCAUCAGUCUCAGCCACAGCUGCCUCAACCUGUUUGUACUUUUCAUCCUUGGAGUUUGAAUUUCUGUCUGCCCGGAGGCUUCAUGAGCUGUGCCCAUCUCCGAUCCCCGGGAUUUGUUAGAAUCAGCAGCUGCUUUCAGUACUUGUAACAGAAGUCACACCUAUGUCAUUGGGAGAUCUGGGCAAUAUUAACUGUAUAUUGUCAUGGGUUCUGGCGGCUGCUUGCAUCACUGACUCCCUCUCAAAGGCUGACGCCUCUCUCAGCACCAACAUCUGUGGAGCUGGGGCUUAAGCUUGGGGAAAACCUGGAACUUCACAGAGUGGUCUUCACCGGGGCUUCAGAAGGUGCAAGGGUGGAACAGAAGCUCUGGUUUCCAUCCCGUCCCCACUGCCAAUCAACUCCUCUCACUGUGAUCCUUCAUAUCAGCGUGGAAGGAGCUUCACUCUGUGUGUAAUCCAUGCUGUUCCUACCCAGGGACUGUAAUGGGCUAGAGGUCUGUUGCCCACAACCUUUGUACUAUCUCCCUGUAGCAUAUUCAGGUGUUUGGGAAGAGGUGGGUGGGCUGCAGGGAUUUUGUCACAGAUCUCAGUGACAGCGAUGUGACCAGUUCACUCUCAUUUUAGCCAGUCUCGUGUUCCAGCUCUGGGCAGUGUUUGAUCCCCUCCCCCUCCCUGGCUCUCCUCUCCUUCACCCCCGACUUUUAUUUCUUCUGAUAAAUUGACGAGGAGCAGCUUCAGCCCCUCAUGUUGGAGCAAAUGAACAACAAGACCAAAGGAGGUCCCAGCACUGAAUAUCGGCAGAGACUCCAUCCUGCUGAGAAACCGCAUUUGCACUGAUUAGUAAGGGGAGGGGUGGGGGGGAACAGGAUGUUGAUACUGGGGGAACCUUCCUGGGUUAGGUGAACUGUGAGGCCACAUGAGGAAUUAGAUUUUUGGUUCUUGCACUCUGAGUUGCUGCUUCUCAUAAUUUUAAGUCUUAGUAUCAGCGGUGUGACUAACUGCUGUCUGUGUGUAAUGGCGAUGCAUUGCGAGGUUUCCAUUACUCCUGGUCUCUGCUUAAUGUCGUUCAAAGGUGUUCGGGUAAUAAUCAUAUCUGUGGGUUACUGGGGGAAUUUGGGCUUUCAAAUGACAAUUUUAGAUUUUGGUGAUUCAUUCUCUUCUGUGUGAUGGGAGAUUAAAGGAACAAUUUCCUUCAAACUCUGCAACGCCAGCAAUAACUUCUGUUUCUUUGUAGACAAUAAACUUCAUUUGUCUGGUG